AGCGGGUCUGUGGGUCCUCUUCUAAGCAAGCACUGCUAGCAUACACGUGCAAUUCGGUCAACAUGGCUGAUCUACAGAUGAAGCUUAUCCGUAAGAAAAUCCAGAAAAGAAAUGAAAAAAACAAAGAGCGCAAGCUCCUCAAGAAGCAAGCAGAGGCCGAAGAGUCUCUGAAAGCAAUUGCUGUACAGGAGAAAUGCUCUCAAGAAGCUUCAAAAGAUGAAACUGAAGUCGUACAGGAACAACAGCAGCAGGAAGAUGAGCCAGUUGCUAUUAAAACAGAUGCACAGGGAAGUGCCACAAAGCAAAAGAAAAAAAAGAAAAGAAAGGUGCCGCCCUCGACUGAAACACCAGUAGCUGAGAAAAAGCCCAAAACUCUACACGAAUUAAAUGGGGAUGAAGCUGGCGUUGAGGAAGAGGAGAAAGCAGUCAAACCAGAGGACGACAUGGGGGAAGAGGAGGACGAUAAACCUGAGCUUCCAUCUGGUUUGACGGGGGCAUUUGAGGACACAUCUUUUGCUUCUCUUGCUGAACUGGUGAGUGAAAAUACGCUGAAAGGAGUGAAGGAGAUGGGAUUUGAACACAUGACUGAGAUCCAGCACAAAAGCAUUCGUCCUUUGCUGGAAGGAAGAGAUGUGCUGGCUGCUGCCAAGACAGGAAGUGGUAAAACGCUGGCCUUCCUAAUCCCAUCCAUAGAGCUCAUCUACAAACUCAAGUUUAUGCCUAGAAAUGGCACAGGUGUAGUGAUUCUUUCACCGACACGCGAGUUGGCAAUGCAGACGUAUGGUGUGUUGAAAGAACUUUUGACACAUCACGUGCACACCUACGGUUUGAUCAUGGGAGGCAGUAACCGAUCAGCAGAGGCCCAAAAACUGGCCAACGGUGUCAACAUCCUGGUGGCAACACCAGGUCGUUUACUGGAUCAUGUCCAGAACACACCUGGCUUCAUGUUCAAGAACUUGCAGUGUUUGAUUAUUGACGAAGCUGAUCGUAUCUUGGAGGUUGGCUUCGAGGAGGAACUUAAACAGAUCAUUAAGCUUCUACCGAAGAAAAGACAGACCAUGCUAUUUUCAGCAACGCAAACUCGUAAGGUGGAGGACUUGGCACGUAUUUCGCUGAAGAAAGAGCCCCUCUAUGUUGGUGUGGAUGACAACAAGGACAACGCCACUGUAGAUGGUUUAGAGCAGGGCUAUGUUGUGUGUCCAUCGGAGAAGCGCUUCUUGUUGCUCUUCACCUUCCUGAAGAAGAACCGUAAGAAGAAGCUCAUGGUCUUCUUCUCCUCCUGCAUGUCGGUCAAAUUCCACUAUGAGCUCCUCAACUAUAUCGACCUCCCUGUAAUGGCCAUCCAUGGCAAGCAGAAGCAAACCAAACGCACCACCACCUUCUUCCAGUUCUGCAACGCAGACUCAGGGAUUCUACUCUGCACUGACGUGGCAGCGCGAGGAUUAGACAUUCCAGAAGUGGACUGGAUUGUCCAAUACGACCCUCCUGAUGACCCCAAGGAAUAUAUCCACAGAGUGGGCAGGACAGCUCGAGGCAUCAAUGGCAGAGGCCAUGCACUCCUGAUCCUCCGACCACAGGAACUUGGAUUCCUGCGCUUCCUCAAGCAAGCCAAGGUCCCCCUGAGUGAAUUUGAAUUUUCAUGGGCUAAAAUCUCAGAUAUCCAGUCUCAGUUGGAGAAACUGAUUGAGAAGAACUACUACCUUCACAAGUCAGCCCAAGAGGCGUACAAGUCUUACGUGAGGGCUUAUGACUCUCACUCGCUCAAACAGAUCUACAGUGUCAACACACUUGACCUCCUCAUGGUGGCUUUGUCUUUUGGAUUCAAAGUCCCACCCUACGUUGAUCUCAACGUCCAUGGCAGUAAAGGUGCAAAGUUGCAAAAGCGAGGCGGUGGUGGUGGUUUUGGUUACCAGAAAUCCAAGAAUGUGCACAAGUCCAAAAUCUUUAAGCACAUCAACAAAGGACGUAAUGACAACAGGCAGUUCUCGCGCUAAUCGAAUGAUUAGAAUUCCUGGACUGAUUGUCAGGAUGUAUUGAUAUGUUCUGCUCACAUGCGUUAUUUGGGCUGAAGCUAUCUCGAUCCUGUUUUCUUUCAUUUGUAUGAAUUGUAUAAUGUGGCUAUAUACAGUACUUCCUUAGAUAUUUUUUAUAUAUAGUGCAAAAAAUCAUGCUUGUGUGACCACGGACUUUGUCUCACAAAAUGACCUCUGUAUACUAUGGGUUGAAAUAAUGAGUCUCCACUGAUGUUGAAUAUUGAAAAUGGCUAUUUAUUGUGCUUAAUUACAUCCAUAAUAGUAGAGGCACAAAAAAAUCCAGCUUUCAUCAUAAAAAUGUGGAAAUUCCAGCAGGUGAGUAUAGCUAAUUGCACAGAGAAAUCGAGAAGUUGGCGAGUACUUCACCAAAAGUUGCCAAAAAAAAAUGGAACAAGAGUCAUCUCAGUUGAAAAAUGUACCAUAGUCAACAUUAUACAAGUCAAAAUGAAAGUAGGCUGGAAUACAUUUGUAUAAAUGUCUCUGAUGACCAUGAUGACAAGCUCAAUGCUCUAUACUUCAGAUGUUUAGAAACAUCUGGUCAUUCAAAAAAUAUAUCAAUGCCUUUUAACCCUGUAUACAUAUUAUAUUGCAUUUCUUUUCCAUUCAUUC